AUGGAUCUGUCAGAUCUCAUGUCUAGCCGGGCUGCUGGCACCAUUGGAGUGGAUCCGGAGACCGGCCGCAUCAUGGGCAAUGGAAGAUACAGUCCGUCAUUUGGCGCCGGUACCUAUCAGGCCUACUUCUGUGCGGAUUUUAUCGGCGCGAAGAUUCGGAAGACUGGGACUUUCACAGGAGAUAAUGCCAUUGAGGAUACCGCAUACAUGGACUCCGCUCAGCCAGCUGCAGAGGAUGCAUGGAGGGAUAAGCUCUCAGUUGUCGAGGUUGACUCCACGGGAGUGGACGAAGAAUUCCUGACAACCUUUUGGUCUGGGAUCUACAGGACGAUGCUGAGCCCCCAGAACUACACUGGGGAGAAUCCAUACUGGAACUCCAGCGAGCCAUUCUAUUGCAUCUGGGACUCUUUCCGCGCACAGCACCCACUUCUGACCAUUCUUGACCCGGGUGCACAGACGGAGAUGGUUCGCGCUCUGAUUGAUAUAUACCGCUUUGAAGGGAAGCUUCCUGACUGCAGAAUGAGCUUUUGUAAAGGCUUUACGCAGGGUGGAUCUAACGCAGAUGUCGUCAUUGCCGACGCCUUCAUCAAGAAUAUUGAAGAGGGUAUAGACUGGAAGACGGCUUAUGAGGCCGUAGUAUCAGAUGCUGAAGACGAGCCUAUGAAUUGGGGCCUCGAAGGACGAGGGAACCUCGACAGUUAUCAUGAAUUGGGCUACAUUCCAUGGGAUGAUAGGGACAAAAAGGGUUCCGGACCGAUGUCCCGAACGAUAUCACGGACUGUUGAGUACUCUUAUGAUGACUUCUGUAUCGCCACCAUGGCCCAGACCCUAGGCCAUAAAAGUGAUGCAGAAAAAUAUUUCAACCGCAGUACAAACUGGCAGAAUCUUUGGAACGAGGAGCAAGAAGAUAUCUACAGAGAUCCCCAGGAAGAGAUUGUUUGGAGCGACUAUCUAGGCUUCAUGCAGCCUAGAUUAUUAGAUGGAAGCUGGCGAUAUCACAACACACGGCUAUGCAGCCCCAUCCAUCAGUUUCACAGCUGCUAUUAUGACACGGCGUACGAUACUUACGAGGGCAGCCCCUGGCUCUACUCGUUCUUCGUGCCGCAGGACAUGGCUUCGCUAGUCGCAGCCAUGGGCGGCAAGGAGAUGUUCGUCGAGCGGCUGUCAUACUUCCACACGUCAGGCAUCGCCUACAUGGGCAAUGAGCAGAGCUUCCUGACCGUCUUUCAGUUCCACUACGGAGCAAGGCCGGGACUUAGCUCAUACUUUACCCAUUACUAUAUCCCGAGUCAGUUCAACGCCAGCGUCAAUGGUAUCCCGGGCAAUGACGACUGUGCCAUGGGGGCCUUCACCGCUUUCGCCUUCAUGGGUUUCUUCCCAGUCGCAGGACAGGACGUCUACUUGUUGAUACCGCCGUUCUUCCCCGAGGUCAAGAUUAGAGCAAGAAACGACCAGUGGGCGAUCAUAAGGGCGAAGAACUUUGACCCGCAGCGCAAGGCAAUUUAUAUACAGAGCGCGACGCUGAACGGCAAAAAGUACACCAAGAAUUGGAUUACGCAUGACUUUUUCAUGAAAGGCGGCGUGUUAGAGUUUACGGUUGGUGAGACCGAGGGAGCCUGGGGGACCAAGGAGGUGGAUCUGCCGCCGAGUUGCCGUCGCAGGUCGACGCGCAUCAGCUCAUCAGGCCAAAAGAGCCGCUAUUUCGAGGCCGACUCUGAUGAAGAUGAUGAUUCCAGCAUUCAGGGCGAGUUCAGUGCCAAGAAGCCGAGAAAAUCGUAUGGGAAGUCAAGCGCCAAGAAGACCAAGAUCGUCUCAGACGACGACGACGACGAGGAUGACUACCACGAUGAAGAACCAGAGGAGAACGGCGCCCAGGAAGAAGACGACGAGGAAGAGUAUGACGAUGACGAAGCACCGCGAGUGACAAUCAUCCCAAAGCCAAAGUUGAGAGACAUCGAUGGGGUCCCAUAUGAGGAUGACAAGCUACACAAAAACACACUACUGUUCUUGAAGGACCUGAAGGCAAACAAUAAGCGGUCAUGGUUAAAAUUGCACGACGCUGAGUUUCGGAGGUCACUGAAGGAUUGGGAGUCUUUUGUUGAGACUAUGACGGAGAAAAUCGUCGAGUUGGACGAGACGAUCCCAGAGUUGCCUGUCAAGGAUGUCAUAUUUCGUAUCUACCGAGAUGUGCGAUUCAGUAAAGACCCAACGCCAUAUAAACCGCACUACUCUGCAGCCUGGUCACGGACAGGGCGAAAAGGCCCAUACGCAUGCUAUUAUAUCCAUUGCGAACCCGGCAAUGUUUUUGUCGGUGGUGGGCUCUGGCACCCCGAGGCCGGGCAUAUUCAGAAAUUACGCGCAUCAAUAGAUGAGCGCCCUCGACGAUGGCGCCGCGUGCUCAUGGAUGAGGCCUUUCGGAGAACGUUCCUACCGAAAGCAAAGAACACAGAGGAGUCCGUGAUAAAGACUUUCACGGAGGAAAACAAGGGCAACGCCUUGAAAACAAAGCCCAAGGGUUUCAUCCCCGAACACCGAGACAUCGAACUUUUGAAGCUGAGGAACUUUACCGUCGGUAAGAAGAUAUCUGACAGCGUCCUGACAGCCGACAACUGCCAAGAGCAGAUUGCCGAAAUUGUUCAGGCAAUGGUUGGGUUUAUCACGUUCUUGAAUGACACUGUGAUGCCAGACCUGAGCAAUCUAGACGAUGAUUCAUCCGACGAUGAGUAA